GUGCCGGCACCUGAGUUAAGUGGUUCCUCGAAUCGAGCGAGUAUCGGCGAGGUCGGGCAAGGUGCCAAGCGGCGCUUGCUGCAAAUUCGCAAUUCUCUCGCGGAGAGGGGGGCCGCGGAUUCCACUUACGAAGUACGCACGCCAGUCCGUUCGGGUCCGACCCUCAAGACUUGCUCCGGCAUACAAUUUCAGGCACAUGACCCGGGGGAGUACGCCUGUUUCGCGAAACACAUUUAG